AUGAUCGACGGCAAGGUCGGCAAGGCCGACCGCGCGCGGCGCUUGAGAUCGCUGAACGCGGCGGACAGCGACCUGCGCGUGCUGUUCCUCUCGAAGCGGUGCACCGAGGGCAUCACCUGCGUCGGCGCAAACCACCUCAUCGAGCUCGGGCCGUCGUGGAACCCGGUAACGGACGUCCAGGCCUUGGGGCGCAUCCAACGCUUCGGCCAGACGCGGCCGUGCCACGUCGUCCGCGUCGUCAUCUGCGGCUCCAUCGAGGAGCUCAUCUUGCUGCGCCAGGCGGACAAGAGCGGGCUCGUCGAGCUCGUGAACGGCGGCAAGCUCCCGCCUUAUAUUCGCUCUUAG